CCCAUUUUAAAUGUCGUAAUCCAAGUGAAAGAUUUCAUCGCCACGUCGCCCGUGAAGACAACGGUUUAUAUGUACUGCGCGUGCUAACUUCAAAGAAUCCUAUAACGAGCCAACAGGGAGCUACAUCUUUCUGCAGCCUUGUGCGUUAACUCAGCCAGUGUCGCCGCAGCGCGUGGGUACACGAUUCUCGUUGGUUAUCAUUAUUCCCCACAUAUCAUUUACGCCAGCGUAUACCCAUUCAGUCCUGUCAUUACCGACCACCUAAUCAUUAACAUCUGUCAUGCCUAUAGUCUGGCAGAGACAUCCUCGAUAUUUCCUCCUCGUGGCCUUGGUUCUCACAGCAACCUUCUUCCUACUCAGUCCAUACGAAUCACCGCUCUCCACCGACUCUACCCUUCCAGCACGACUUGACCGAGCAGAAAGGGUCUAUCAGAGAUUAGUAGCUAGUCGCAAGGACCUAAUACAAAGAUAUGGCACAACCUCUCGCGAUAUCAUCAUGUUUCCACCAGAUAAAGAUCCAUGGCCAGCAUACACUGUCUGGAGCUUCUUUCCUCCGUCUUUCGACUGUCCGCACGAACUAGAGCGCAUAGGUGCACUGGGGGAUGGCGGAAAGUGGGCAUGUGGUAUGUCCCGACUGGAGCACAAACCUGACUGUAUCAUAUACACUUUUGGUAUGAACUAUGAAACAACCUUCGAGGCAGAGCUCCUCGAACGGACACGGCACUGUCAGGUCUGGGGAUACGACUAUCGCUCCAACUCGUUUGGAUCCCACAUCAAGAACAACUACCGCGCACACUUCUUUUCAUGGGGCCUUGCCAACUUCGACUCGCAUGAAUCGCACAAUAAUCCUAAGCUGUAUACUCUCAAGACACUGCUUCAGAUUAACAAGCAUGAGCAUAUUGACGUACUCAAAAUUGACAUAGAGGGUUGGGAGUUUGAGACACUCUCACAGAUCAUACAACCAUACAUUUCGUCCGGGGAACCACUACCAUUCGGACAGCUUAUAGUCGAGAUCCACGCCUGGGACAAGAAAUUCGAGGAUUUCUUGCCUUGGUGGGAGAUGCUAGAGCAAGCUGGAUUGAGACCAUUUAUGAAUGAGAUAAACCUCGUAUACCAGAACUACAACCGAGGAAAAGACACGGAUCUCGCAGAGUACUCCUUCAUCAACAUCAAAGGAAACAACAUCUUCAUCUCGGACCCGCAAGGUGCUCCUGGGUAUUCGGAUGUUAAAUAAGCACUACGCUGAUUACACCUCGCGGUGUAAUAGUACACACGAUGGAGGCUCCGUGGUGGCGUGGAUAUGACGACGUAGUGGACAGCCAUUGGUCAAUUUCGUGUCCAGUGCAAGAAAGUGCUGUGGUGCUCCGCUUUGGCUGUGUUUCCUUAGAUCUAAAGGUACUGACCGCAGCAUAGCGGAUUCCAACCUGUGUCUGUUACCUGAAAAGACGUUUUUGUAUUUCAUAAAUGGCAUGUCUAACUCUCGGGUUCUUUCGGGGCAUCGCUUUCUC